ACUACCACCAGGGACCAAGAGGGAUGGAGGGAGAAGGCUGUAAUCCUGGGAUAGCUAUAGAUUCUGGUAACCCGUUGCUAAGAGCAGUUUUCCUCCGUCGGCUGAGACUUACUCGGCUGCUCCUGGACGGCGGCGCUUACAUCAAUGAGAGCGACGGCCAAGGCCAGACGCCCCUCAUGGUGGCCUGCAGGACCCAGCACAUCGACACCCAAAGCGCCAGCAGGGUCAAGCUGGUCCAGUUCCUCCUGGAGAGAGGAGCCGAUCCCAACAUCCAGGACAAGGAAGGUCGCUCGGCGCUGAUGCACGCCUGCCGGGAGCAGGCCGGACCCGAGGUGGUGUCUCUGCUCUUGGCCAACGGGGCGGACAUCAGCCUGGAAGACCAGUCCGGGACGUCGGCUUUGGUCCACGCGGUCAUGGCCGGAGACUGGAAGGUGUUGAAGCUGCUGCUCGACACGUGCAAGGCCAAAGGGAAAGAGGUGAUUAUCAUAACAACUGACAAAUUCCCAUGUGGAAAACUACCGGCCAAGCAAUACCUCAGCAUCCCUCCCAUCGGUCCUCUCGAUCCGGCCGACAAAAUGACACCAACAGCCCCCGCGUCUCCCUCUGAAAUCCAGCUCAUCACCUCCCCUCAGUCCACCUCCUCCUCUUCCUCCUCCCUAUGCCCUCCCAAACCCGUCUUUUCCUUUAAAGAAGCACAGAUCUGUGGGGUAAGCUCCCACCCAUGCUCCCCGUCAAGGUUUCGAGGCUUCGGUCAAACGGGUCUGAACGGACUCCAGCAGCCUCUGCUGAGACUGAACUCUGAGCCGUGGUUAAAGAUCCCGGAGUCUCUGCUCGCCCAGCAUCGCCACGCUGCCUCGUCCCCAGAACAGAGCCGAGACGCAAACCAGACGGAGAACGUCUCCUAUGGAGCUCGCAAACUGGACGGCGACAACAGCACAAACUCGGAAAGAUUCCAGUGGUACGAAGGAAGAUUAGGAAUGAACAGAGGGAUUGAAGAACAUGAUGCCAAACAUGAUGAGGAAAAGAUCUCCGUACCGGGCCUCAUGUCAUCCCACUCCGCCUCGCACCCUAAUCUGCAUUCUGGAAACCUCGCCGCAGAUUCAAUCGCCUCCUCUUCCUCGUCUUCUGGUGACAAAACCCUUGGGGCGCCCCUUCACUCCGUGGCCUCGUCGAGCCUUCAAAGCGUCAUCCAGAGGCGUAAGCUGGGCACCGACAUCUACAGCUCCGACCCCCAGCUGGCCAUAGACACUCAAAACCUACCCGAGGAGCAAAGACCCAGAGACCUGACGGACGGCAAGAAGCUGGCGCCGCUACGCUGCUCCAGCACCUUAGGCUCCAGGGAGUCGAUGUCAGGAGGCCCAAGCAAGAGGGUCCUGUUUGGGUACGAGCGCAGAGGGUCUGGUGCCUUCUUGUUGGACCACAGCUUCCAGGCCAAGCCUAGAUCUUUGCCACCUCUGGCCAACACCCCCAUGUUUAACGUUUGUAACUCCAGCAGUGGAGGCAGUUUCUCCGAGUCUGGUCAAAAGGGUUUCCUCCCCUCUGCUCCUCCCGGGCAACCCAAGGAGCUGACCAGGAGGAUGCUGCUGAGGAGACACUCGAUGCAGACCGAACAGUUCAAAUCCACAGCCUGAAAAUUCAAACGAGCGAAAGAAGAAAACGCCAUCCUUGUGUUUUUAAAUGUCGUCGCGUUGAUGCUUUAUUAUCCGUGUAGUGAAAUUCAUUGACGGAAAAACCAAAGAGGAUGAACUAAAUUCCGAAUGGAUUCAGCAAAACUAUAGUGACCUUCCUGUGCUUCGGCUGGUCCUGUUUUCAUGCAGAUUUAGUGUGCAGUUUCCAAAAAAACAAGUCGUUCGCCAGCUGUUUCCACAUCCACGACUAUUUGUUAUCUUUAAUUUCCACAAAACUUGGCUACGUUUUGGUCUCCUCCACUGUCUGAGAGAAAGAAAAAAUGAAUUAAUUGUCAACUUUUUGUCCGCUGUCAAUUGGUAUUGGCUUUGUUUAUCAUAACGUCUUUCCAGGGAGCUGCAUUUGUGAGUUCAAAAUCAAAACAAUGAGCUUAAAGACGCUAAAAAAAAAAAAAAGGAAAGCUACAUAGAGCUCUUUUCAUUUGUCAGUACGAGCAACAUCUUAAAGAAUAACUUUGGUGGUUUGACUUUUUAAUUAAAAAAAAUAAAAUAAAUAAACCAAUAAUUGCUGCUAUAAAGUUGUUAUAUGUAGAGAAUUGACCAUUUGUUGGCCUUCUGACCAAUCAGAGAGCUCCUUCCCUACUUCCUGUGUUACUAUUGCUAGCUUAGGCAAAAAAUAGCUACUUGGGCGUCCAUUCCCGUAAAAAAAAAACCUGCAGUAAUAAGAGUGUAGAGGUAACGUGAAAGCUGCGACAGCUAGCAUCAGCAACCGUACUCAUGUUAGCAUAUAUUGGAAAAUUAAUCUUUCCACCAGAUUUUAAUGUAAAGCUGUUUCCCUGCUAUACCCAGACUUGUUUUUAGAGUUUUAAUUCUAUGGGUUUUAUUGUUUUCAAGGUUUUUCUUUGGCUACUUGUUAGUCUAAACUAGCAAAAAUAACACAGGAUGUUGGGAGGAGCCGUCUGGUUGACGUCGUGCGCUUUACCGCUUCAAAUAUAAAAUAUAUUCCAUCCGAAGAACUUGAGACGAUGCUGUAACUGUUGACACCGCGGCUUUAAAGUGUUGGACUUUGCUUUUUGUUGAAGGAGUCUCAAAUAAAUAUGUCUGUGGAAAAAAUAAAUAAAUAGCUGCAAGAAGAUAUGUUGCUGCAACAUGUUUAAUAAAUGAUUUUAUUAUGAUAAAAAUGCAUCACAAAUCAUUGUUAAAGUUCACACUAUGCAUUAAAUGUGCAUAAUUAAUCCAAAGCGUCCGCCUGUUGUACCGUUCAUUGAGAAACACCUCCUUAUAAACAACCCACAUAUUUACAAGUGACUGUAUAAAAAAAACAAAAAACAAAAAAAAGGAGAAUAAAAUGGGCAGUAAGAACUGAAUUAGGAAAACUUUAUAGAAAAUAAAUAGAUAAAAUCACAUCCAUGACAGGUGAUAGUCAUAAUACACACAGUGGUAGAAUACAGGAUUUGUUUUCUCUGCUACCG